CGCCAUCACGCUCCGUAUGCGAUGCACUCGCGUCCCAGCUUUGGACAAUGGCUUAGAGUCACUUGGUUGGAUAUCUUGACCAUGGUGGCCAUGGGAGCGAUUGGCCUCGGUGUCUACGAAGCCAAACCUGCACCGACACGCUCGUUCCCCGUCACCUUUUCCGAUGGCGAAAUUGUCUGGCCUGAAUUCGGUUACCCUCUUCGCAAGGAGAUCAUCCCCAUCUGGCUGGCGGCGUUUCUCGCCUCUAUCAUACCCAUCUUCAUCAUUCUCUUGAUGCAGAUCCGGAUUCGCUCGUUCUGGGACGUCAACAACGGCGUCAUUGGUCUCUUGUACUCUCUCAUCUGCGCGGCUGUGUUCCAAGUAUUCCUCAAGUGGCUCAUCGGCGGCCUUCGCCCUCAUUUUCUGGACGUGUGCAAGCCGGAUCUGAGCCGUAUCACAAAUUCGGAACUCGAUAGGACGGGAUACCAGCAGAUUUACUUCACACGGGACAUUUGCACCGGUGACCCAGAUCAGAUUGACGACAGCCUGGAAUCCUUCCCAAGCGGCCACACCACUGCCGCCUUUGCAGGCUUCGUCUACCUCUCACUGUAUCUCAACGCAAAACUCAAAGUAUUCGCUAACUACCAUCCCGCAAUGUGGAAGCUCAUCGCCGUUUACGCCCCCAUCCUCGGCGCAGUCCUCAUCGGCGGCGCCCUCACCAUCGACGAAUUCCACAACUGGUACGACGUCUUCGCCGGCGCAGUCAUCGGCAUCGUCAUGGCCUUUUCCGCAUACCGCAUGGCGUACGCGUCCAUCUGGGACUGGCGCUUCAACCACAUCCCGCUGAACCGCGGCGUGGCGUUUCCGUAUACCGUGGGGAAUGGUGACUUGUUCGAUGCGACGUUUACGAGGCGUGUUGGAUGGGGC